GCAGCCUGCCUCUUGGAACACAACCUGGUUAUUUCAUAACAGAGACAGUCAUGGAGCCCGUUGGCACGCUGAUUCUGGCCGCGAUCGUCGCGGGUCUGCUGUUCUUGUUGUUCCGAAGAGACUCGGCUCGUUACGCCAACAUGCCUCCAGGUCCUACUCCGUUGCCUGUGAUCGGUAACCUGCUGAAGAUGGACGGCAAAGCUCCCUAUCAGAGUUUUGAGAAGUUGAGUGAGAAGUAUGGACCCGUGAUGACGGUGCACAUGGGUCCCCAGCGUGUGGUGGUUCUGGUCGGCUACAACGCGGUGCAGGAGGCGCUGGUGCAGCAGGCUGACAUGUUUGCCGGGAGGGGUGUACCGCCGCUGUUUGUGAGGAUUAACGGAGGGUUUGGUUUGAUCCUAAGCAAUGGAGAACGCUGGAAACAGCUCAGACGCUUCUCACUUUCCACACUUCGAGAUUUUGGAAUGGGAAAACGCAGCAUUGAGGGGUGGAUUCAAGAGGAAGCUAAGCACCUUAUUGAGGAAUUUAAAAAAACCAAAGGUUCUCCGUGUGAUCCCACAAUAAUUUUGGGCCAUUCUGUUUCCAAUGUCAUUUGCUCCAUUGUCUUUGGUCAACGAUUUGAGUAUGAAGAUAAACUGUUUGUCCAUCUGAUAACACUCCUUAACAGCAAUGUGCGUUUGGCCAGCAGCAUUGUUGCCCAGCUGUAUACCAUGUUUCCAAUACUUAUUGAUUUAAUGCCUGGACUUUAUAAGAAGAUGGUAAAAAAUGUGAAUGAACUCAAAGAAUUUACUUCAAAAAUGAUUGAGAAACACAAAGAGACACUGAUCAUCAACAGUCCACGGGAUUUCAUUGACAGCUUUCUCAUCAAAAUGAAGCAGGAAAGUGACAACUCUGCCACAGAGUUCCACAUCGACAACAUGAUCACCACGGUUAUAAAUCUGUUCACGGCAGGAACAGAGACCACCAGUACCACACUACGAUAUGGACUGCUGAUACUCAUGAAAUACCCUCACAUCCAGGAGAAAAUCCAGAUGGAGAUUGAGACUGUGAUUGGACGGGAUCGUGCCCCUGCUAUGGAGGAUCGGAGGAAGAUGCCAUACACUGAUGCUGUUCUCCAUGAAAUUCAAAGAUUCAUUGACCUUGUCCCUUUAAAUAUUUUACACGAGACAACAAAGGACACCGUCUUCAGGGGUUAUUCCAUCCCAGCGGGUACAAUUGUGAUUCCUGUCCUUCAUUCAGUACUGUUUGACAAGACAAAAUGGGAAACUCCUGAUUCAUUCAACCCUGGUCAUUUUCUGGAUGAAAACGGAUGUUUCAAAAUGAAUCCUGCCUUCAUGCCCUUUUCUGCAGGAAAACGCAUCUGUGCAGGAGAGGGUCUGGCCAAGAUGGAGCUCUUCUUGUUCUUUUGCUCACUCCUGCAGAAUUUCUCUUUUCGUUCCAAAGAAGAUCCAGAAAAUAUUAGCUUGUUGCCAACCUCCACCACUUUUGUUAAAAGUCCCCAGAUUUACGAGCUAAUGGCCAUACCACGAUAGAAGAGGAGUGCGUUCAUCAGAUGUGACUAAACAAUCUACAUAUCCAGUGUGUGCUAAUUUUAUAGUACUGGCUGAUUAAAUAAGGUUAACAUGUUAACUAUGUUAUGAGUCCAAUCCAACUUUGGGUAGCCUUUAAUUAAAAAUAAUAGUUCCAAAAAUGAUUACUGUGGUUUAAAUGCACUUUGGUAUUCUCCAUUAAAGAUUUUAUGGUAACAUCUUAGGGUCUGGGCGGCACGGUGGCGCAGUGGGUAGCGCUGCUGCCUCGCAGUUGGGAGAUCUGGGGACCCGGGUUCGCUUCCCGGGUCCUCCCUGCGUGGAGUUUGCAUGUUCUCCCCGUGUCUGCGUGGGUUUCCUCCGGGCGCUCCGGUUUCCUCCCACAGUCCAAAGACAUGCAGGUUAGGUGGAUUGGCGAUUCUAAAUUGGCCCUAGUGUGUGCUUGGUGUGUGGGUGUGUUUGUGUGUGUCCUGCGGUGGGUUGGCACCCUGCCCAGGAUUGGUUCCCUGCCUUGUGCCCUGUGUUGGCUGGGAUUGGCUCCAGCAGACCCCCGUGACCCUGUGUUUGGAUUCAGCGGGUUGGAAAAUGGAUGGAUGGAUGGAUCUUAGGGUCUUUCUAUACUCCAUCUACUGUAUUAAACAUUAUUGUUGUGUGACACAAGCAAAGCCUUUAUUAAAGUCUUGAUAAAAAGCAGCAACUGACUAAUGGAUACACUAUAGGUAGACUUGUUUAAGUGCCAUUAUUGCUUUCUAAGUCAGACAAAAUGUUAGUUAAGGUUUUGUUACAAAUCAGUAACUCACUAAUAGAUGCACCUAGGUAGCCCCUCAACUGUUGCCAAUUUUGCUGAUUCUAAAAUGAAAUCUGUUGUAGAGGUGUCAAUUAAUUCCAAAGAAUUACAUAGGGUAGGUGAUGUGGGCACAAAGUAGAGGAGAUGUUUCUUUUUAAGAAGUAUUGCUUCUUCAAUAAUUCCUUGUUUAAGUGUGAAUACUGCUGGUACCAGCCAAGAUGAUUUAAUGCAAAUGGAUUUUUUCGCACUGAAGUUCACUUUAGUGUAUGCUUAUUUGUAAUACAUUUGCUACUACGCAGGUUGCUCUACAUGAAUACAUUUUUGAGGGAUGAUGCAAGAUGCAAUGGGAAUGAUACACACCAAGCAGUAGUACACUACCACAUACAAUAUAUGUGUCAUCUGAUUAAUAUGGAGAUACCAGACAUACUUACUUACCUACCUAGUAAAACUUCAUGAUGUUGGGACAAAGCCCUGUGAAUCUUUUGCGGCUUCUUCCUGAUUGCCCCUGUAAAAGAUUCAAAGUCUUGCCACUUUGAAAAUAGUGACACCUAGUGGUUUACAGAAAUUAUGGCAGCCAUGAACCUGAGGGAGUAGAGAAAGCACACAGGCAAGCCCUUGUGUAUUGGAUAGUUUCAAUCAGACAGAUCCACUAAAAGCCUAAGAAUGUUCUGUGUGCUUAUUUCCAUCAUGCAAUAAUCAUGUUGUCAGUUAAAUGCUACAAUAAAUGUACAUGUUAGUAUGUGUGACUGUUUUCUACAAUAAAGCAAUGUUUAAAUGUGA